AUGGCGGAAGGCAACGACAAGAGCUCCAACCCCAUGAGGGAACUGCGCAUUGACAAGCUCGUCUUGAACAUUUCAGUCGGUGAAUCUGGUGAUCGAUUGACGAGAGCAGCCAAGGUGCUUGAGCAGCUGAGCGGUCAAACACCUGUAUACAGCAAGGCCCGAUACACCGUCCGAUCCUUUGGUAUCCGAAGGAACGAGAAGAUCGCAGUUCACGUCACAGUCCGAGGCCCAAAGGCUGAGGAAAUUCUCGAGCGAGGUCUCAAGGUCAAAGAGUACGAACUGAGGAACAGAAACUUUUCGGAAACUGGAAACUUUGGUUUCGGUAUUUCUGAGCACAUCGAUCUUGGUAUCAAGUACGACCCAGCCAUUGGUAUUUAUGGAAUGGAUUUCUACUGCUGCAUGACUCGACCAGGCGCCCGAGUCGCACGACGAAGACGCUGCAACACCCCCGUCGGCCGAUCUCACCAGGUUAGCAAGCAGGACACCAUCAAGUGGUUCAAGGGCAGAUUCGAGGGUAUCGUAAGAUAA